CCAAAAGACCAAUUUUCUAAUUACCACAGAAACGCAAUAGGAAGUGUUACAUGCAGAAUACAAUAUGAGUAGUCUAUGGGUACUCUAUGUUGUCUUUUUUAUCGUGUCCAAAGCUACUUUUAUUUCACGGAAAUAUACCUCAAUCCUGGUAUUUGAUAAGAUAUCCAAUAAAGAGCUCAUGGGAGAAUACAACUCUGAUUCGUUGAUAGAAUGUGCUGUCCUGUGUCAAAGCUCGUGUGGAUUCCUGGGAUACAGCCCUCAGUUAAAGAAAUGCCGUCUACACAAGAAAAUCAUCAGGCCCGAAAUGUCGGACGAGGCCAACUGAAGAUAUUAUUCGCAUCAUUCAUUACCUUCUGACUGUGAAGACCUUUGCAAAGCUGGUUACAGCAAUUCAGACGUGUAUCAGAUUUACCCUUACGGAACCAUUACCAGUCCUGUUACAGUUUACUGUGAUAUGGAUACAGAGGAAGGCGGGUGGACGAUUAUCCAAAAACGUAUAAAUGGAGAUCUGAGCUUUGACAGGAAUUGGGCGGAUUAUAAAAGCGGUUUUGGUGCUCCGGAACACAAUGUUUGGAUUGGAAAUGACGUAAUUCAUCUGAUAACAAAGGAAAGGAACUCAUCUCUAUAUAUUUCCAUCACACUGGUGAAUGGUACAACACUAUAUGAGCUGUACGAUCAAUUCUCAGUGUCCAAUGAAGUAGAGAGUUAUAAACUUUUCCUGGCGGGGAAUGUCACGGGCAGCUUAGGUGACGGUAUGUUUAAAACUAAUUGGCUACCUCUCAGGUAUAAUCUGUCCGGAAUGGCUUUUAGUACGUUUGACAAUGACAACGACAAGAACCUUGACUAUGACGGUGGCAACUGUGCUGGUAGACAUAAAGGAGGAUGGUGGUUUAAUUUUUGUCAGGGCGCCUUCCUAAAUGGACCGUGGUCUUCUUCUGGUUGGAUGAGACCCUGGCAUCCUACUGUGAAAUCUGGGACAAACGUGAGGGCUACGAUAAUGAUGGUAAAACGUCACUAGAUGCGUCAUUGAGUGAGAAAACGUCAUUAGAUUCGGAUUUGUCAAAGUAUGCUCGGAUUACAACCAACACAAGCUGACACCGAUACUCUGCUGCAUGGAUAGUAAUUUCACUCCAAAACAAUUUUUUACUUUAUGAAUGUUCGAGAAUCUCAACCAUAACCAAACAUCAAAAUUCGGUUUUGUCAAAGAUCUUAUCUCUAUUGUCCAGAAAUACUCAAUAGAAAGAUUCCUUCAGUCAUACAUAGACAAUGCUAGUUUUCCGUCCAAAAAUGUUUGGAAGAAGAUCGUAAAACAGACUAUUAAUCCCUACAAAUAUACUUCAUGAAAAGAUUUGAUUUACUACGAUACAGAUUUAGCGGUCUUCAAGUUUCUCAAUACAUCUGUACAUUUGGCUUCAGUUUGGACAUAUCCACUUUCAACAAAAGAAAUGCAAGUUGUUAAGUACAUUGCAAAUGUGUGGACUCUUGUAACGAAAAGGGAUGUAUACCAGUGCAUAUCUGCUCGAAUCCCUUUACAAACAAUUUUUCAACAUGCCGUAGUCUUGUGUUCAAUAACAUCUAAUGACAGAUCUGAAUAAAUGUUUGAAUUAUCAGACAAAUACGACAAUGUUUACAAGUGCACAGAUUUUGUCAGUUUAAAUGAGUACGAUUUUUACUUGUCUGUUCUUAGGGGUACCCAUAAUCAAGUCUUAGAAAAAAAAAUUCGUGUUAAAAUGUUUUUCAUUAAUUGUUUCUAGUAUAGCCACUCACCACGACAAGGUGUAUGAAACACAAACAGGAAGUUGUUCUUUUUAUGUUUUCAUACAGCGUAUAUUAGCAAAAUGUAUAACACAUUUCCUUUAUUAAAAGUUUCAUUGAUGUAUAUAUGUUGAAAUUGAUGUGUUGGAAAUCAAAUAUUCAAAUAGAGGUAAUAAAGAUGAAUGAAAAAGGCGCCUGUAUGGCUCAGUUGUAGGGCGUCUUCUCUAGAGUCGCGAUGUACGGAGUUGAUUCUUGCAUUGCGGGUUCGAAUCCCACUGUAGGGACGUGGAGACCGGUCCUUCAGAUGAGACCGUAUAAACCGAGGUCCCGUGUCUCAGUAGAUGCUGGCGUGCAAAAAAUCCCCCACCGCUCAAUGACCUUGAGGGCCAGAUUAGGUCAAAAUUUGCAGAUAUCCACCGGGAUCUUCAUAUGAGUUAAAACAUUCUUGAAAGGGUCGUUUAACAACAAAUUAUAUUUUGUUUUUAUGAAUGUAUGUAAAUCAAUUGAAAAAAAAUGCAAACAAUGGUUGUGUUAAGGUUUUGUGAUUUAAAACAUUUUGAAAAGGUUAUUUUUUGCUUUACUAAGGUCCUUUACCUUUGAGGAAAUAUUUGUAAA